AUGUCUCUCUCAACUACACUUGCUGCAGCCUCAACCAACAAACACACUACUUUCUUCGUUUCUUCAGCCUGCUUUUUACUCAACCCGCAAUGGGCCACCGAUCACAUGCGACGCCCAACUAUAAUGUAUUUCCGAUUCCAGCUCCUUCUGGCGCAAACGCCGUAUUUUCUACAACCUCGGGAACUGACGACUUUCCACUCUGAUAUCGUUCAUUCUCUCGGCUCUAUUCCCGCAGACCAAGAUACUGCCGCUCGUCUUGUCGAAGGAGUCCUCAACCCCCCGGAUUACCUGUACAACGGAACACACGUGACGAUGGACAUUACAUGGGCGGUUGACGUGAUUGGUGUCGAGCACUUCUCCUCCGACUAUGCUGCCAGAAAGUCUCCCAACGAGAUGCAUAAGCAGGGACCGCCCUCCAGAGUAAUCCCUGAAACCCCGGGAGCGUAUGGGAAUACCCCGAUUACCCCGACCCCAGCCCCAGCUACGGCGAGAAGAGCCGUUCGAACAGAAACCGACACUCAGAACGCCACUCAAGUCCAGUUGCCCGGCGGGCUCUCCAGAUCCAACAGCAGUGAGGGUGAGAGUCAGGACUCCCCAUUGGCUAAGAAGGCGCGCGCUGAGAAGACUGAGAAGAUGCGAGCGAACAAUGAUACAUCUUUCCAGCCCGAAGCCACAAGCACCCCAGCUAAGCACUGCUACGACUUCGAGACAGGAGAAGGCAGGAAGAUUGGCGAACUACGACCGGAAGAGGCACUGCCAGCGCAGCUGGAACUGCUUAAGGAGCGGCUUUUUGAAACUAUCUACACGCUCGAUGGGAAAUGGAAGCAGGCACAGCAGGAUGCAGACGACUACAAUGAGAGGCUCGGCGCCUAUAUGUAUCUGCAGGACGGUCAAGGUCGUCACCAGCAGAACUCCGCUUCGAACGCUCCCGCAACCGCUGCUACUAUCGCUGUGGCGACCGCGACCGCCGCUACUUCAACGCAACCCCAGCCGUACAGCUUCUUCUUCGGGCCCGCUCCACGACCUGAUCCCGCCACCGGAGAGCUUUCUGUCGAAGUUCUGGAGAGGAUUAACCCGCAGUACAAUGCGGAGCAGGAUUCUAUGCCUCAUAUGGUCCACCGUCUUCGGCACCCGCCUGAAUCAACUCUGAAGGACUCCUCUGACGCGGGCUCUGGGUGCAAGGCCGACCAUCGCAGGAUCAGACCAUUUACGAACAUUCCCGCAGCUCAGAUUCCGCAUAUCAACAUACUGUGA